AAACCGAACUAUCAACGUCAUAACACUUUUGAGCGUAUAAAUAUAUGAUAUCAGCUCUUCAUAAUGGUUCUAGAAGAAUUGUACAGUCAAGUUCAUUACUAUAUAGGUAACCCCGCCACAGCGUACUCCUUACAGAAUAAUACGACACAAUUACAUACAUACGCCAAAAGGGAUUCAAGUGAUGCAGCAAAAAUAGGUAUUAUAAUCGCCCUUGUGGGUGCAUGUCUCGUAUUUAUACCGUUCUUGGCAAGAACUUUUACCAAACAUCGGGCACUGAAGAUCAGAAAUGAAGAUACCCAUCACGUGAGGCACUCGAGCUUUGGCAGGCGCCAGACAACUCCGUUCGAUGAUCACUAUCCAAGACCACCAAGAGGUAGUGUUAGUAGGCCAAGGCCAAGAAUGACAUCAUACAGACCACAAGAGGAAGAGGAGGAACAGCUUCCCGCAUAUGAGCCACCUUCCAAGCCAAUUGCCACAGCUGAGACCGUUUUCAACCAGCAACCAGCUGCUGAAAACGGCAUGGUAGAUUAUCACCAGCGUUUAAGUCAAGAUUUCACGCAAUCGGAAGAAAUCAUGCCUUCUGUUAGCUCAUCAGCUGAUUUACCAUUGCCGGUAGGAGCAUCACCAACCAAUGAUAUACGUUCUCAACCGCCAAACUACACACCUGUAACGACAAACACCACUGCACCUAUGCCACCACCGCCAGCAUACGACAGAAGAUGACAUGAUGCGUGACGCGUGGAUUUGCUUUAUGGUAUAUCAUAAAGCAUGGAACUCUCAUAGACAUGGAAACUUGUAAUUAUUUUCUGGAGAAUCCAUUAUUUUGUACUCUUUGCAUAAAUACAUGAGUAAAGUAGACUUUUU